ACGCAUGGGAAUUUCAUGCUUUUGGUUGCCGCAUAAAACAUAUGUUACCGGUGAUCAAUACCUGCAUGAAAAAUGUUUGCCCAUCCAGGGACCUGGCCUAUUCAGCAAUUAUGUCAGCAUAAUUACAAAACGAGGUAUUGUAUACUUGCGUCAUUUAAUUGCCUAGCGCAAAAUACAAACAACAAACAACGAACCAAAGUAUAAUUACAUUGACGAACACGAUUAGGUGACUGUGUUGCGGCUCAUCGCUUCAUUGCACCUCUUUGUUUCGGGAAAGGUGAACGCAAUUUUAAUUGAAAUUAAUACCUAGACUUUUCCGGUUUCGAUUGAUUUAAAUAUCAAAAAGUUAAUUUUCGUGAAAUCAAGAUCUAGCAAAUACCAUUCAAUUAAUAUGACUGUAAAUACUAUACUAUUAAUUUCUUAAUUGUAUUUUUUAAGAAUCUAAGUUUAAAUACGAUACACAAUGUUAGCUAAAUCGGCAGCACUUUUCGUUUAUACAUGGAUAACGUUGUACUUAGUUUUAGGCGCAGGUGGUGAGUAGAAACAUAUUUUUGUAGAGAUAACGGAUUAAGUAAUGUUAUCAUACGUAUUUUAAAACUGAGUAUAAACAUAUGAAUUUACUCAUGUACUCACAUUAUACACAUUGUCUUGUUGUUGUAUACUCUGCUCUGGCUACCCGGCUAGCGCAGAACACUUGCUUACCACGCACACGGCCUAGGCUUACUCCAUACAAUGGAGUUGUUCACUAAUGCUAGACGUUCGAGUGUCAUAUAAAGAAAUUGACGCGAAAAUGCCCGUUUUUGAGAGUAAGUUUAUUAUUUGGGUAGACUAUUGCCUUUGAUUUGAUACGGUUUGUCCAGCUUUCUCCUAGCUACUCGAUCUUACAGGUACCUGCAACUGGCCCUCGGAGUUCGUUAACAGCGUCUGGGAAGACGAGAGAGGCGCCUUGGAAUUCACCUCAACCGGUAUGAGCGGCUGGGUCCUGUCAUACAUAGUGGAAACAGUGCAGACCAUAUCUAACUGGAGCUGUAACGACACCAGCCUCUAUUCAUCAAUGAGUCUCAUCGUGAUGAAGGCAAACAAUUUAAUUGCCUUCUCAGACUUUGACUUUAUUGGCUUCCUCUGCCUGCACCUGACAAAGCUCACGGACGUGUCCUACCGCUACUACAUAUAUUCACCUAUUCAACAUGGGCUCGAGGGAAGCGCGCGUGCGACCAUGAUAAAUGCUUCCUUUAUGGUGACCGAUACGUUCACCCAGAUUUGCCAUUCUGGAUUGGCACGAGCUAACGUGUCGGAGUCCGGUGUCUGGAUAAAGGCCGGAAGUGCAAGCAGCGCCGCCGUCCUUUGUCCAUACAGCCUUCUGGCAAGGUACACUUUCAAAUACACAAAGACUGACGUUUGUAACGAAAAUGACGUCGGUGCAAUCAACAUAUGUGACGUCAAAACGCAGAUGGAGGCAAAUACGACGUGUGGCGUUCUAUAUCCGUUAUAUGCAGGCUCUUCCACGAGCCGCUGUGUAGAUGUUGUUGUUUCCAGUUCAAGCACGUACGUCACACUGCAUAAUGACGUUACAUCCAGCAAUACGUUCACUUACUCGUGUGUGGCGAUCAGUUCAGACGGCAAGUCGAUGUCUGUGACGCCCAACUACUGUAAGAAGGGCCAGACCCCCACCGCUGUUCCGGUUAGAAAUGAUUUUCAUGAGGAGGGGAGUGUCCUGGCUCUCACUAUUGAUGGAUGUAAGCCGACGUCACCCUGUCGUAAGUAG